GUCGACUCCAGAGCUGCGAGGUUUGAUCUCGGCGCUCCGCCGAGGUAAAUGCAGUUGGGACAGUUUUACUCCGGAAAGGGUUCGAGCUGCUUAUGCUUUGCCCCCCGGCGUGAAUCGUGCCGUUCCCGUCGCGCUUGUGGAAUCGAUUCGUCCUCGAAAAGACCAGAAAGAUAAAGGGGUGAAAAGAAAAGACCCUCCUGCGGAGCCUUCAGAUGCCAAUUCUGACUCCGCACCUUCGAAAAGAGCUCGCGAGACUUCGGACAAACGGGUGACUAGAGCAAGCUCUCAGAUUCAGUCUCCGAUUGUCCAGGCUACGCCACUUUCUGUGGUUCGUCCAGAUCGUGAUGCUCAACCGGAUUCUCGAGCAUCGGGCGAGGUGGACGUCGAGGAAGUCGUUCCCAAGGUUCAGCGUCGUCGUCUGAUCUUGGAUGAUGAGUGUUCCAUAGAUUUGAACGUAUCGAGCUCGGAACCUCUGAUGCAAGAUCCUGGAGAAGGUACUUCUAAGCCGGUCAACUUUCCUGCGGACUGUCGAAGUGGUUCUCCGCUGGCGUUCUCAUACGACGUCGAUGCUCCGAUUUUGGAGAAUCCUGAACGACUCGCUGCCAUCUGGCGGAAGCUGCGAAGUUUUUCGUGCGUGCUUCCUCCCUUGGAGAAAAUGCGAGGUCGUGAUGCCUAUGUUCAGAUGGCGAUUGCAAAUGCCAAGGUAAAUCGUGUGAAAUUAUUUAGAUACUGAAAUCGUAGCCUUAAUCUUCUUAUCUUUUUAGGCUAUGGAGGCUAGAAAUGAGUACGCUGCUUUGAUGGAGGAACGGUUGGCGAACUUCCCCUCUCGAGAGGAGGUCGAAGUUCAUCUUACUUUGAUCCAACAGUUGCGAUCAAAGUUAAGUGCGUCGCAUGCAAGUGAGCAGGAGCGAAUGAAGCAAGUCGUCGACUUAAAGGUGCUUUUGACGGCUAAAGCGACGGAGAAGGUUGCGCUUGAGGAGGAGAAAAUCGCGUUUGAGAAGGAGAAGGUCACACUAGAGGAGGAGAAAGUUGCGCUAGAGAAGGAGAAGGUCGCGAUGGAGGCGGACCUUGAAUCUUUGAAGGCGAAGUUCAGAAGAGAGGCUGAGAUGCGAGAAAGAGUGGCUCGGAGGGAGAGACGAGCUGCUUGUCGGUUGGUAGCCAAGGGUUACGAUGCUGCCCUCGAUAAGGCUAGGGAGACUAUCCAACGGAAGAAGGCGGAAAGCACCGCGGAGACGCGCUUACAAGAGGUUCGCGCAAAGAUCGAGGCUUUGGCCGAAUACUUGGAGGGCGGGUUCGAGCUUGAGGAGGAGCUGGAUCAUCUUAAGGAUGUAGAGAUAUCGAGGGAGAUCGAGUAUGGCCUCGCGGCAGUGUCGGAUGACUCUUUUAGGGGUCUCGACCUUCCUCAAGUUUCUGAUGACUCGUUCAACCUAGGGGUUGAAUGACGCCUGUUUGAUUUGGCGUUUUAUGUUUAUUUGUUUAAAAGACUUUGUUUGCUUCG